AUGCCCUUACCUCCAAAUGGCUCCUUCUCCCUCAUGGGCUACUCAAAGCCAGGGGACACCACGAUAUCCAAACCCAAGCGAGCAAUGCUCGUUAGAAUGUCAGCCUCUGCCCUCGACGCUCUGGAAGCUUCGCAGUCAAACCAACCGGCACAGAUGCAAUUCCAAUUCGGUGACAGUCCGGGUAUCUACAUCGGGGGCUCCUUCUUCCCCAUGAUCCUUGGCCAACCCGAAAACGCACCCCACGAGAUCUACCUCAGGACAACCACAACAACCAAGAAGUCCACCCCCUUCAAAUUACAUGCGAACGUUAUCGGGAAAUUCACAGUCCAACCCGAGGCGGAUGCAAUCGGCGAAAAGGUUCGAGAGAGGAAGAACGAGGUCGAGAAUGAACGAGCUAAUAGGACGACGAUUCGUUUGGACGGACCUCUUCCAACCACAUCCACCCAGCCAUCGAAGACCAAGAAGAAAUCGUUGGCCAAGGAUGCCGUUGCUAACUCGACGAUGUUUAGGAAGCCUACUGCACCUUCGUCGGCUUCAACCUCGACUACAUCGUCUACUUCCAACACCCCCAAAGCGACAGAACCGCCUCCAAAACCCGAUGCUGAUUUACGGCGGAGGGUAAUUCACUAUCUAGCGCUACAAGACCGUACAGAGAACGAAGUCGUUAAAGCAACUGGAGGCGCGAGUUGUCCGGAACGUACAAGGCUAACAAUCCUGCAAGCCUUGAGCGACGUUGGAGAAGUUUCGAACAAAAAGUCGAACACCUACCGCCUCAAACUCAAGGCUUGGACAGAGAUCAGGCCAUAUGCUGACUGGCUCAAGUGGUCAGAAUCAGUCAGGGCAAGGACGGCUGCAACGGCUCGCUCCAAGCUCAAGGAGCUCAAGAUCCCCGAAAGCGAUCCCGUCUGGGACAACUUUGUGCCUAGUAAACCUCCUUCGCCGCCUGAACCUCCUGCGAAGAAGCCUGUCGUGUCAAGGAAGGCGGAGGGGGAUGCUGUGGAGGCGCCACCUUUGAAGCGCCCGACAACUUCAGGUGACUCCUCCAGGGAGAAGGAAAGGGAUAGAGAGAGGGUGGAGAGGGAGAAAGCAAGGGAACGAGAGAGGGUAGAGCGUGAAAAGGAGAGGGAACGGGAGAAGGAGAAGGAGAAGGCGGGGAGAGAAAGGGAGCGUGAACGAGAAAGGGCAGAAAGACAGAAAGAAAGGGAAAGAGAACGAGCAGAGAGGGAAAGAGAACGAGAGAGGGAUAAAGAGAAAGAGAGGGCUGCCAAAGCCUCCAAAUCCGAUGCUGCAAGAGCCGAUGACCGUCAACGUGCCUCGUCCUCGAGGGAUCCAGCUACCCGACCACCCAUCCCUUCCUCGGCCAUUAACCGGAAGCAACCAGGAUCAGGGACUCGUGUCCGAGCACCCAGCGAAAUGUCCGCAACCUCUAGUCGAAUUGGCAGAGACGCGCCCGCCGUAUCCCAGUCCUCCACGGCAACUACUGGUGCUUCAAGCUCCAAGCAAGCCUCGAGGCCUCCCCAACGGCCCAAGCCACGCGGCGAUGAAAGCGCCGUCGAAUCCGAUCUCGAGAGGAAACCGAAGCAACGAGUACCAGCUGACCGGGAUGUGGUGGCUCGCGCUAAGCGUGAGAGGGAGGAUGGAGAAUACUCGGAUUCCUCUGUUUCUCUAAGCCUGAAACGGAAGAGUUCCAAGAUGGACAGAGAGUCUGACAGAGAGUCUGUUCGAUCUCGGUUGUCCCCUGUUCCCACCAAAAGGCGCAGGACUGAUCAAGCAUCGAGCUCCUUGAAGUCAAAGGUAGAGGAGAGUGACAGGGAGCAUCUACGAUUACCACCGCGACCGAGUGAGGCGACAGUCCAACAGGCGUCCUCAACAUCUCGCACCAAAUCGCUCAAACGUGAACGCGAACCCUCUCCCUUACCUUCAUGGGAUCGAUACCGGCCGUCUUCACCGCUACCUAAACGUCCCAACACGGGCGCCCCGUCGGACCGGGAUCGCGACCGUGACGCCAGAGCCUCCAAGAGCAGCGGAUUGCAUACCAGCACAACGGCCUUAACCAAUGGAGCCUCCAAGAGUAGUAGAUCAGGCAGCAGCAAACUGCGUCGCAGAUCGCCUAUAUACACGUCCUCAGAUGACGACGACGACCUCCCGCGUCCCAGCGCGAACGCCGCUAGCAGUUCCAAAUCCCGGGCUCAACAGCCUCCUUCCUCGCAUCCCAAAUCCACCAAUCCUCCCUCCUCCUCCGUGCCUCCACCGCUACCCGCAUCCAUCAACGCUCCUGCCACAUCCGACCACGCACGCUCGGUUCCAUCCUCCCGCGUUUCCACUUACAAUUCCAAACACCACCGCGGUCCUCUCCCCACGGAUCGCAAGGCCCUAAAUGCGCUUUAUCGCGCCCGUUUCCCAGUUCACAUCGGGCAAUACCACCAACUCACGAUGCAGCACGCGAAACUGAACGACCUCCUCCAGCGCCGCGGGUCGAAGGGGUCCAGAUCCGGUACCGACGAGGAGGAUUCAGAUCCCAGCCUAAUGUCACCCGACGAGGUAGAAAAGUUGAUGAAAGAAUACAACCAGGAGAGGAAUGAGCUUGAAAGCAUACGACGGGCGUAUUUAAAGAAGGGGUUGAAUGGUGCAGGACCUAACGGAGUCGGCGUUGGACCCCCUAGAGCAACGUCGGAUGUGACCAGUGGGACCGGUGGGUCGUCAGACUGAACUCGUUUCUGUUCUCCAUUUCUUCAAAUCCCAGCCUCGUCUUCCUGGUGAUCCUUAACAUAUCCUCGAGACCAUUCAGUGCGGACAAUUAUCUUCUGUUCUUUUUUAUAUCCUUUCGGCGCAUGAUCUCAAAACCUCACUGCUUCCAUUUAUAUAUUGUAUCAAAGGCAUUGUCACGACAUACAUUUAGUUUCAUGAAUCCAAAAAGGGUGUUUUUUGGAGAAA